CGGAAAAUGAGACGAGAACAGUCUUUUUGGUUAUAGAACCGCAGCGGAGAGAAAUAAAAUGGCCAAGACAAGCGAAAAAAAAGCCAAGAGUGCAAUCAAUGAAGUUGUGACGCGUGAAUAUACCGUCAACCUUCACAAACGCCUCCAUGGAAUUGGUUUCAAAAAACGUGCACCACGUGCAAUCAAAGAAAUCAAAAAGUUUGCUGUACAACAAAUGGGAACACCUGAUGUCAGAAUUGACACCAGACUCAAUAAACAAUUGUGGUCAAAAGGAAUCAGAAAUGUUCCAUUCAGAGUUCGUGUUCGUUUGAGCCGUAGACGUAAUGAUGAUGAAGAUUCAGCCAAUAAAUUAUUCACUCUUGUAACUUAUAUUCCAGUUGGAACUUUCAAAGGUCUUCAAACAGAAAAUGUCGAUGCAAGUCAAGAAUAAAUAUUGAAUAAAUAACAUUUUCAAACGCUUAA